AUGGAUGUAUUUGUCCAGAUCACAGGUCUGGACUCAGGAAAGACGCGCGGAGUCAAGGCGCUACUCAAUAGUGGUUGCAGUACCUGUUGCAUUGAUACCAACUAUGCACGGGCAGAGAAACUGGAUAUCCAAGAACUCCCGCAACCCAUUGUGGCUCGUAAUGCAGACAACAUCAAAAACAUCAGCAGUUGGAUCACGCAUUACGUUGACUUAAGGAUGAGAAUCGGCCCUCAUGUGGAGACACGCACGUUCCUUCUGACGUGUCUAGGGAAAGCUCGGAUCUUCAUCGGUCUUGACUGGCUGAUGGAACACAACCCCGAGGUGGACUGGCAGGAGCAGACAAUGAGAUUUAGCCAAUGCCCAGGGCGGUGUCACAUGAUGGGUCACGAGGAACACCAAGCAAUGAUCAACAUGGAUGCAAUCAACCUGGACAUGGGUGCACUGGAUCUGGAAGAGGGAGAAUCGAUCCUGUUGAUCAACUUUGGGAAGGAAGUGGAUCUACGGCUGAAGGAAACGCCGGCACAGAAAUUUGCAGAAGAAGCAGAAAAGGAGAAGGAGAGAAUGACAGAGGGGAAGAUUCCGGAUCAAUACCGGGAAUUUGUCAAAGUAUUUGCCAAGGAAUUGUUCAACUCACUGCCGGAUCAACGAACAUGGGACCACGCGAUUGAGCUCAAACCUGGUUCCAAAGCAGUGGACUGCAAGGUGUACCCGUUAUCGCAAAACAAGCAGGUCAAACUCAACGAGUUCUUACAGGAAAACCUGGCCAGUGGACAGAUCAGGCCAUCAAAAUCACCCAUGGCAUCAGCAUUCUUCUUUGUCAAGAAGAAAGAUGGCUCGCUACGUCCUGUCCAAGAUUAUUGGAAGCUGAACAAGAUGACAAUCCGAAAUUGA